GAUUUUUGUGUCAACACUAGCUUUGAUUGGUUGGAAAACUUCACUUUGCAGAUGUCGAGUUUGUCUUGAGAACGACUCGGUUACAGAAGUCUUACGUCCUUACUUGGCAUUCGUUCUGAUAGCCUAGUUAAAAGGCCGUCUAGAGGUCGUCUGAAGCGGGCAAAAGAGUUUUCUCAUCACCCGCGACAUCAUUUCCCAGCGCCACUAGGAUGCAACUCGCCGAGCGCCAGGAAGCCGACUCGCUUGAGCGGGCGCAACCUGCGGAAACUCUGGACGUGGCACAAGAGUCCCACAAGUACCCUGAGGGCGGCAAGGAUGCAUGGCUUGUUGUGGCUGGUGCAUGGUGCGCCAUGAUACCAUCCAUGGGUCUUCUCAAUACUCUUGCAGUUCUGCAGGCCUGGGUUUCACAGAACGAACUUCAUGGGCUCCCGGAGUCGACAAUAGGCUGGGUAUUUAGCACUUACGCCUUCUUCCUCUACUUUUGCGGCGCUCAAGUUGGCCCCAUAUUUGACGCUCAUGAUGUGAGGUUCCUGGUGAUACCCGGAUGCGUAGGGUCUGUGGCGUCUAUGAUGCUGAUGAGUCUCUGCAAAGGUAAGGGCCAUCGUUUUACCUCCUACAUGUUCAAAGUCUCAAUGCUAAACCAUGAAUCUGUGCCAGAGUUCUACCAAUUUUUGCUCACCUUUGGUGUCCUCGGUGGUGUGUCAGCUUCGCUUCUUUUCAACCCGAGCAUCGCUGCAAUCGGGCACUGGUUCUCGGAACGCCGUGCUCUCGCUACAGGAAUAGCCUGCACGGCUGGAGGCGUCGGCGGCGUUGUCUUUCCUCUCAUCAUUCUCUACAUGGCUCCCAAGGUUGGUUUUCCAUGGGCCAUCAGGACGGUUGGGUUUAUAUGUGCUGCGGCGUCUGUUUUGGCAUGCACGCUCUUGAAGAAGAGGCUUCCGCCGAGCAAGACAUCCAGGGGGGCAAUCGACCUCAAAGCGCUUAAAGAGACGAAAUUCGGUCUCGCCACAUUGGCCGUAUUCCUGAUUGAGUUCGCAGUCUUCAUUCCGUACACUUACAUUUGCUUGUACGCAAUCCAUGAGGGCAUCGAUCUCCAGAAAUCUCUCCUCCUAAGUGCUCUGCUCAACGCUGGAGCGAUCCCAGGCCGUGCCCUACCGGGCUACGUCGCAGACCGAUUCGGCCCCUUCAAUGUCAUGUGCGUCACCGCCUUGGUAUGCUCGGCGUUCAUCUUCGCACUCUGGUUGACAGCGCAUGGUGGAGAAGCUGCCACGACUGCCUUUGCGGUCAUGUUUGGAUUUUGGUCCGGAGCUGCCAUCAGCUUGACGCCAGUCUGCAUUGGACAGGUUUGCAAAAUAGAAGACUAUGGAAAAAGGAGCGGCACGGCGUUCUUUGUCUGCAGUUUUGGUGCUCUUGUCGGUGUGCCCUUCGCUGGAGCUAUUCUGCAAUGGUCGGGUGGCACUUACGACGGCCUUAUACUCUUCGCGGGUGGUCUAUACAUCUUGUCGUUCUGCGCUUUUGCCGUUGCAAGAGGCGUAGCUUGUGGGUGGAAUCCCAAGACCUUGUUCUAGACUUGAGUGAGACUCAGUCCACUGUCUGGGGCCUUACGUUAUCAGCAAGAAAGAAUUUUGUGGGCGCUAUAUGUUACAUAUCUUGAUCAGAUUUCUAUCAGCGAGAAUGAGAGCCUUAUGAUAAUAAUCUUCAAGACAGAGAUGAAAUUUGUCUUGCUUUGGGCUUUGCUGCGCCCGAAAUUGACUCAGAGAGA